CAGAAAUAUUCGUUAGUCAGACGGUCAAACAAAUCCAUUCAAUACCGUUCACAUUUUCACUGCUAUUGCUCAGACAUUUUCAUGUUGAAUAUUGUGUGAAUUCACUUACGAGCCUCACAACAACAAUACAUAAAGCGCUUUCUUUUUUCAAAAGAAAUUGCCGACGUUUAAAAUCAUUUUAUUCGAGAGAAAUCACAGCAACCAUGAAGUUUUCCAUCAAUAUCUUGACUCAAGUGUUAUGUGUGAUCGGAAGUUUGUCGCAUGCUUCUGAGGCCCAAAAACUCCGUGACGAUGUUCACUUCUUGAUGUACGAAACUGAUGGAGCUUUGGGGGGACAACACAAUUCUCCACUUCAUUUUUUCACGGAACGAAGCAAAGUAGCAAAUGUGAAGGCGACAGUCUACGGAAAUGAUCUGGAAUACCGAGGAUUCGGAGACAAAUACCAAACUCUAAGACCUAUUCUUGAGAUUGUAGACGAUGACACUCUGAUAAUUUUGGCGGAUGCUCGUGAUGUCGCCCUCAACGUACCUGAAGAUGAAGAUUUGGCAGUUGCAGCGGUUGAUCAUUUCAUCCAAAGCUUUAAAAGACUCACAGAACGUUCUCCAAACGCAGUCGUCCUUUCUGCUGAAGCUCAAUGUUGUGUUUCUGCCAUGUCCCAUGCCAGCCCCCGGGACUACUUCGAUCCUGUCACUGGAAAGCGUAAUAGACGUGCGUGUUCAUCCGGAUUAGAGGCCAAAUGUCGUUGGUCAGAAAACAGAAACAUUCACGAAUGGGUAUCUUUUAUGCAUCAGCGUAGAUUCAAAGAAACUGGUCUACAAGGCCACGGAGAUGUUUACUUGAACGCCGGUCUAAUGGCCGGAUACCCAAGGGACUUGAUCAACCUCAUGGAUAUCAUGGACAUUGCUCCUUACGAAGAUGACCAAGCCGUUCUUACGGGGCUGAUGUAUAGAUAUCCUGAAGCGAUUGUUCUGGACUACGGCCAAGAGAUGUUUGGUAAUUCCCAGUGGACGCGGGGACCUGUGGAUGGAUGUGUGUUCGAAGGUCAGGGAUCGCAUGCUCCUUUGACUCAUAUUGAUACUCACACCCAACCUUUGUUGAUUCAUACACCUGGCAAGCUUUACGCGUGUUUGGAUAUGAUCAUCGAAUCCCUUGGAGGUUCCAGUCAGCAGCGUUACCAUUCUACCCACAGAAAGCUCUUGACAGGAAGACUAUCCCUUGCCGCACAACUCGGUUUUGGUGGAGCUGGUGGAGCUGCAUCUUAUUCCGACAAGGUUGAUAAUGAAGAGAUUAAUGAAGAAGUGGAUGAAAUAGUUGAGGAAACUGAAACUGAAAUUGAAGAAUUAGGAAACUACGGAUAUGGUACCGCCAACUACGAACAAUACGGACAGUUCGGUGACUCCAAUUACGGGCAGUAUGGUGUCGCCAGUGAAGACAACUACGGGCAGUACGGUAUUGCCAGUGAUGCAAACUACGGACAAUAUGGUGUGGCUAGCGAAGCGAACUACGGACAAUAUGGUAUUGCCACCGAAGCCAACUACGGUGUCGUCAGCGAAGCUAACUAUGGAUCCGACGCUCGACGGGUGCGUCGCCGUCGGACUUCGUUAGUUAGGGGAGCAUAAUCAGGAAGGCACAUUUUGCCUCUUGUCAAAAGUCCUGUCUACAAUAAUGUGACACGGUGAAAGAAUCACCAAUCCGACUGGAAAAAAUUAUCUAGUCGGAUCAUAGAACAAGCAAUUCGCAUUAGGCUGAUUAGGCUAGAUGCUCUAUCUACCAUUGAUACUGCAUCUAUUCAUAAAUUUAUAGAUACCAU